UGAUCCUGAAUCUAAAACACACCCAUGAAGAGAUACAGACUCCAGGCUACAGUAUAGCAAAGUGUGUUUUAUUAUCAGCAACCCAAAUCCUUUAAGGUUUUUUAAAAUCCCCGAUCGCAUCGGACGCUCUACUUUUUGUUGUUGUUGUUUUUGUUGUUGUUAUUGUCAGAAUCAGGGCAAACGAUUCAGUCAUCAGGUUCGUGUUUAUUUCUAGGGUUUUUUUUGUUACUGUAUUAAAGCUGCAAUAAGCGAAGAGAUGGCGUGUGUGAGUGGUUUGGUGGCCACAGUGGUGUUGUUGAUUCUCUGUCGUUUGGAGGAAAUAGCAGAAGCAUGCAGCUGCUCCCCUGUGCAUCCUCAACAGGCGUUCUGUAAUGCAGACAUCGUAAUCAGAGCAAAGGUGGUAGGAGGAAAAGAGGUCAGUGCUGGGAAUGAUAUUUAUGGCAACCCUAUCAAGAGGAUCCAGUAUGACAUCAAGCAGAUUAAGAUGUUCAAAGGACCAGACCAGCACAUUGAAAUGAUCUUUACUGCACCUUCUUCAGCUGUGUGUGGGGUAACCAUGGACACUAAUGGAAAGAAGGAGUACCUCAUCUCAGGAAAGGCAGAAGGCAGUGGGAAGAUGCAUGUGACUCUGUGUGAUCUCAUCAUGCCGUGGGAGUCCACGAGUGCCACCCAGAAGAAGAGUUUGAGCCAGCGUUACCAGAUGGGCUGCGACUGCAAGAUUACCCGCUGUGCGGCCUUCCCCUGUGAGAUCAGCAGCCCUGAGGAGUGCUUGUGGACCGACUGGGUGACGGAGAAGCUCAUUCAUGGACGGCAGUCUGAACACUACUCCUGCAUCAAGAGAGGAGAUGGUUCGUGUGCUUGGUACCGUGGCAGUGCUCCACCAAAGAAGGAGUUCCUGGACAAUGAGGACCCAUAAUAAAUUCAUGUAUAUCUCUAGACAGUGCGAUCAGAAAUUCUUUAAAACAACAUAUAUAUUAAAGAUGCAACAGAACAAAAACUGCACCAAAAAAAUUAGAUUAGCUUUACAGUUUAAUUAGAUAUCAAAACAUAGGUCAAUGCAACUGCCCAUAAAGCUUGUACUCUGUGUCAUCACCCUUACAUGCUGGACAAUCCUAAUUUAUGAACAUUUUCUGUCCCAAGAGCGCUUAAUUAUUUUUUUUAAAUGACCGAAAUGGCCUCUCAGUCUGCAAACAUUUGCAGACUCAAAGCUCAUUUCACGUGUUUCAUUUCUUGGUUGUUUCUCCAUUAAAUAAAAAGACAAUUUAAGUAGAACACUUGCAAAUGUAGUUUCGCAGAGUUAGGCUAAUUGGUCGAGUCAAAUACAUGGUGAGGCAGGACUUCCCAGAGAGUUAAAUCAUUGACUGUGAUCAAAUGAAGAGCAUUAAUACAGGCAUGCAUGGGUUGUUAGAGGAAGAAACUUAGAGACCAAAGUCAUUCCACAUUUAUAUGUGAGGGACAAAGAAGCUUAUAGUUUGCUGCUGACCAAAUUUCAUGUUAGUGCAUGUGGUUUCUGAGAAUCCUUCAUACUUUGUUUUGUUUUGCUUUUAACUAUAAAACCUGAGCGUCCCUGUUAGGGGAAAAUAAAGGGGUGAUAAGACAAUACCAUAUAAUCAGUUUGACACUGCUUGUCUCAAUAUAAUAUUAGUACUUUCUUUCUAAUUUGGAACAUGGUAUUGUGUAACAAUACGUGAUGUCUACUUUUUAUGUUUUAUUGUUUACUUAUUGGAUAUUAACUGAUUCUGUCUACCCCUUUAUCAUUCUUUCCUUUGUGAUGUGUAUACCUUUGUCUUAUCUCUGCUUAUUUUUUAUAAUGGUAGAUAUCUGCUUUUUUACAAAUAUUUUUUUCUGAAAUCACUCUUGAUCCUUAUUGAAACUUUUUAUUGCACUUUGUAGAAACUGCUACAAAACUGAAUCCUCUUUUCAGGUUUUGUAAGUCUUUUCGCUGUCACUAGAAUGCCAUUUAAUGCCUUUUAUGCUUAUUUGCAAAUGACUUUGUGACGUUCCUAUAGGAAGUAAGAUACUGAGGUUCCAUUAACAAAUGCUUGAUAGGAAUUUUCAAGCCUUGGACUGUAGUGUGCCAUCAGAGACUCUGCAGAUGUGUUACUUGAUGUGCCGCUAGGACAUUUUAAUAAAGUAGAGCUAUGAAAGACUUUAGUUGCCAUGGUAAUGGUAGUUUUGCCCUUCAGUUUUAACCCUAGUUUUGCCCUUCAGUUAUCAGACUGAAUACAUUAAAUAUUUGAAGUACAUUUUGAAUAAUAAACAUUAGGGGAAAAGUAAGGCUUCUUCUCUGUGAUAGCAAUAAACACAGUUUAUUGGUUGUCUUGCGAAUAAGGAAGGCUUUUGUCUCCGUUCUGUGAUUGGGCACUGCUAAGUCAUGUGACAGAUAGAGCAAGGUGUGAUGGUAGUAGUUGCUAGGCAUUUUGACAGGAUGAACUGUAGCACACUGAGAGACUGACACAGAGAGAGGGAGGGAGGGAGGAGUACCAUUGUGGAGUAGAAGAGAACAAUCAUUGCUUUUUUUAGUUGGUUGGGAUGAUUGACGCUUUAAUGCUAUGUUUUGUAUUUGUUUAAAAGUACUAAAGCUGUAUAAAAUGAACACAAUGGUCUGCCAAAUACAAGCAAGCUUUCAGAAGGUUGUUAUUAAAAUUGAUGCCUAUUCUAGUUUGGCCAGCUACUAUUUUAAUUAUUAUUAUUUUAUUUUAUUUUUUUUGAGGCUGACAGUGUUGAAGAAACAGAAUUUGCUGGUCUAAACUGCUUACAGUGUUGUGGAGAAGCUUUGCUUUAAAUUAAAAACAAACAACAAAAAAAGCUUUAUCAUUAAUGUUUUUUCUUUGACCAUUUUAUAAUUAGAAACACUUACAUCAGUCUAAUAAUGUUAGUAGUGUUUAAUAUAAAUCAUGCUAUAUCUAUGUUACAGCUUUGUAUUAAAUGUAAUGAAAUAUAAACAGCAUAAUUUAAAUGUUUGUUGUUUCUAUAUUUUACUGUCAUUACCGUUAUUUUAUAUGCUAUUUUUUACCAGUUUUUGUCUUUUCCUUUAAAGAGUUGCUGAAAGUACAGAAAUGCAGGACCUCUUGUGUUUUAAGCACACGAGUGAGAAGUCGUAUGAUGAGAACCAGACUAUGCAUGUCUUUGAUGCUUUGUGUAAUUUCCUAUGUGGAUGUUCACUUGUUGGGCAAAUUUACAGUAUUAGCAAAAAAAUAAAUAAAACUGUUAAAGAACA